CACCACAUGAAAUCGGAAAUGGACGACGUGGAACGGGAUUCCGACGGUGUAAACUUGUGUCAAUAUUUUUCACUUACCAGCCUAAAAAACCCAUCUUCGCUCUACGCUCCAUAAGAUUGGAUACGCUUGAUUUCAACUCUAGCAGCUCGAACAUUAUUUAUGCAUCAUCAAAUGUUUCACUGAUUUUAAAAGCUCAAAACCCGAAUAAGAUCAUGGGUUUGAGCUAUCAACAUUCGAGUUUUGAUGUUCUUUACGAGUGGAUUCCAAUAGGAAACAUGGAGGUUUCGAAAUUUUACCAACCUCCUCGCAGCACAAACGUGAGUGUGGAGAUGCAUGUUUUGUUCGAUCACGUUAAUGUUACGCAUAUAAUCGAUAAUCUUCUUCCCUUAAAUGAGAAUUCCUCGAAGAAAAACAGCAGUAUGAUUGCUAGCCUUGUUAAGCUGCGCAGCAGCAUCAUUGAGUUGCGAAUCGUUGGUUAUAUUGCUGCUCAUGUACACCUCUGGCACAUUACGUUUCCGAAGAUUAAGGUUUCCCUUGAUUGCCAGAUGAGUAUUGAUUACAAAAGAUUUAUAUCAAACCAUGGAAUUCGCCAAACCAUGAAACAGGAGAAGGGUGUAGCUUCCAAAAGCAAGACGGGCUUUCCAUCUUUCACCAAGAAGUGUUCUUUAGCUUUGAAUGUGUAGGAAAACAAGUCCAAAGAUUAGUUCGCAUGAAGUUUUUUUGAAUACUUAAAGAAAGGACGGACCUACGGAGGGACUAACUAUGGAGGCUAUAGCUCGUCCCUGUUGGAUUAACUUCAACAUAGAAGUCACUAACAAGUUGGUUAGGACAAGAUUAGGAAAUUGAUGUAAUCCUAAGGGAAUUAGAAGUCAUAUAGUUCUAAGAA